AUGUCUUCCUCAAAAUCUACUAGCAAGGAAAAGCAGAAGGGAAAAGGAAAAUCUGUAGUACUACGUCCAGCGAAACCUCAAGGAAUUGAGUUUGAUGAUAAACCAUUGUGGAAUCAUGUUAAGGUUCUUAGCAUACCAGUAGGUGGGGGAGGAAAUAGAUGUUGGUCUUGCAACUAUUGCAUUAAGAAAGUAACAGGUUCAUAUUCAAAAGUCAAGGCUCAUUUGCUGAAGAUUCCUAACUGUGGAGUGGAAGCCUGUAAAGCUAUAAAGGAUGAUGUUUUUGAAACACUCAAAAAGGAGCAUGAAGUGGCAGAAAAAAAAAGAGCUCAACAACAUUUAGAUGCAAGAAAAAAAACAGAUUAUGUAUCUCUACCUGAAGGAUCAGACUUGCUUCAAAACAAAAAAAGAAAGGGUUCAAUUUCAGGACCUUUGGCAGCUGCAUUUAAUGUGGCAGAAAGAGACAUUGCUGAUAAACAAGCUGCUCGUAUGUUCUAUGCCUCUGCUUUGUCAUUCAAUUUAGCAAGGUGUCCUUAUUUUAGAAAAUAUUCACAGACCUUGGCAAACAGCAAACUAUCUGGUUAUUCUCCCCCAACAUAUGAUAGGUUGCAAACAACAUUACUUGCACAAGAAAAGGCACAUGUAAAUAGAAAGCUUCAACCCAUAAAAGACUCAUGGAACAAGAAAGGAGUAUCCAUAUGUUCUGAUAGAUGGUCAGACAGACAGAAGAGGCCGCUUAUAAACAUAAUGGCAGCAUCUGUUGGUGGAGCAAUGUUUGUGAAAGCAAUUGAUGCAAGUAGAAAUAUAAAAGAUGCAGAUUAUGUUGCAAACAUAUUUCUAUCAGUGAUUGAAGAAAUUGGGAAGGAGAAUAUUGUUCAAAUUGUUACAGAUAAUGGAUCUAAUUUUAAGGUUGCUGGGUUGACAAUUGAAAAUAAGUAUCCUCACAUUUUUUGGACACCAUGCGUAGUGCAUAGUCUGAAUUUGGCAUUAAAGAGUAUGUGUGAACCCCCCCAAAAUUCAUCUCAACAUUCUGCAUGUAAAUGGAUAGCCAACUUGGUCACUGAUCUUCAUAAUAUAAGAAAUUUCAUAGUGAAUCAUAGCUUGCCAAAUGCCAUUUUCAAAAGUUACACAAAUUUGGAAUUACUAAGGGUUGCAGAAACAAGGUUUGCAUCACACAUUGUCAUGGCUAAACGUUUGAAGGAAGUAAAGCCAGCAUUAGAGAAGAUGGUGAUGGAUGCAGGAUGGAAGAUUUAUAGAGGAGGUGGAAAGAAUCCAGUGGAUGCUAAAGCUCGUGAGGUGAAGCAACUCAUAGUAAAUGAUGUUUGGUGGGAUGACUUGGACUACCUUUUGAGUUUUACAGAGCCUAUUGUUGACAUGCUAAGGGUUGCAGACACUGAUGCUCCUAUGUUACAUUGUAUAUAUGAUAUGUGGGACACUAUGAUAGAAAAUGUGAAAGCAAUUAUAUUUGAGCAUGAAGACAAAGAUCAUCUCAUAGGACAAUCGGAUUUUUUUGACAAGAUACAUGAAAUUUUAGAAGCUAGAUGGACCAAAAGCAACACACCUCUACAUUGCAUAGCUCAUUCCUUGGUCCCUAAGUAUUAUCAUGAGUCUUGGCUUCAAGGUGGAAGUAAUGGCAUUCGGCGAUUGGCCCCGCAUGAAGAUGAAGAAGUGUCUACUAAUAGGAGCAAGUGUUUUGAGCGACUGUUUCAAAAAAAUACAACUCAUCUGCGAAAUGUUUAUGUUAAAUAUGGUGCCUUUUCAAGUGGAUCAGGCUAUUUCAAUCAGCCACAUGUUAUUGAAGCAAGAAUGUAUGAGGAGCCAAUCUCUUGGUGGGCUAAUCAUGGUGCUUCAACACCAUUGUUGCAAGGGUUAGCAUUUAAGUUGCUGUCACAACCAGCUUCUUCAUCAUGUUGUGAGAGAAAUUGGAGCACCAAUGGUCAUAUUCAUAGCAUCAAAAGAAAUAGGUUGGCAAGUAGUAGAGAUGAAGAUUUGGUCUUUGUGCAUUGCAACAUAAGGAUGUUGUCAAGAAAGAAAAAAGAGUACAAGGAAGGGCCUUCAAAGUAUUGGGAUUUAUGUGGAGAUAGGUUUGACAUUGAUGGACCUCCAAUUGAGUUUGCAGAACUUUCCAUCAAUGAACCUGAGUUGGAGCUUGUGACUUUUGAUGAUGUAAUGGAGGAUGUUCACCCUGAUGAUAGGAGGUUUUAUUUAUGGGACACAAUCAGAGAUAUUUAUGGGAAUUAUGUUGUGAAUCAAUGUGUUGGUAUAGUUGCUAACAGGUUUAAGGCUAAAGCAUUGAAGAGCUUAGAAGCUGGAUAUCAUUGGAUGAUCAAUCUUCCCUCUAAAAUGGUGAAAGAACAUGUGAAUUGUGGGAGGUUGGAAGCACUAAUCAAUCAGGAGAUGCUUGCAAUAAGAAUUGAAAGUACCAAGUUGUUUAUGAAUGCAAAUGAUAUGUAUUCUGUGGUUGCCAAAGUGCUAGUUUAUAUGGUGAUAUAA